CUGAGAGCACAGUCUGAGAAGCAGAGAGAAGACAAAUCACGGAGAUACUGUAUUUAGUAUCCUUUUCUUUGAUUUACAGACUUUUUUGUUAGUUCUCGUCACUUUGGAGUUAUACAUAAUUUCCUCCAGCUUUUUGGAUUGUUUUAUUUGCUUUCUGUCUUAAUCUUCUCUUCUAUGGUCUUCUGUAAAAUGUCGGACAGAACAAUGGCGCGGCAAGUACUGCUGUUUAUUUGGUUUCUCUCUCUCAGUUCGGCUCUCGGGCAGGUCAGUUACUCCAUUCCUGAGGAAAUGGCCAAAGGCUCUUUAGUAGGGAACAUAGCGCAAGAUUUGGGUUUAGAUUUAAAGAGACUGAAAUCGGGUAAAGCGCGUAUUUUUACAGGCGACAGCGCUGAAUACAUCGAGCUGAAUAAAGAAAGAGGGAUCCUCCUUAUCAAAGAGAGAAUAGACCGAGAGUCGCUAUGCGGACAGACAACGCCUUGCGCGCUACAUUUUCAGAUUAUUCUUGAAAACCCAAUGGAAUUUUACUCAGUUACAAUCGAAGUUACAGAUAUAAAUGACCAUUCGCCAUCUUUUAAACGAGCUGAGAUGAAAUUCAGAAUUAGUGAGUCAGCUGCAACUGGGGCAGUUUUUGUUUUAGAGAGAGCGAUGGAUUUAGACGUCGGAAUAAACGGCCUUCAGACUUAUAUAUUAAAGGCUACUGAUAAUUUUUCUUUAAAAUUACAAAGUCAGGCAGACGGUAGUAAGCUAGUAGAAAUGGUUCUUCUAAAACCUCUCGAUCGUGAAAAGCAAGACCAUUUGUCUUUGGUUCUGACAGCGAUAGAUGGAGGUGAUCCACAAUUGUCUGGUACUGCGCAGAUACUUAUUACUGUUUUAGAUGCUAACGAUAAUGCGCCUGUUUUUACUCAUAAAACAUAUAAAGCGAGUAUCACCGAGAAUGCUUUUAAAGACACAGUUGUGACGAUUGUGAGCGCUUCUGAUUUGGAUGAGGGAUCUUACGGCAAAAUUACGUAUGCUAUUACAAAUACCCUCGACAAUGUUCCGGAGUUGUUUGAAAUUAACGAAACAAACGGUGAGAUGAGAGUAACGGGCAAUAUAGAUUACGAGAAAGCUCGCCACUAUCAAAUUCAUGUGCAGGCCAGCGAUGACGGGGGUCUGACUGAUUCUUGUAAAAUCGAUGUGGAUGUGAUUGAUAUAAAUGACAAUAAACCACAGAUCAACAUAAUGUCUAAAUUAACCACAAUAUCAGAAAACUCUAAUCCUGGAACUGUUGUAACAAUGAUAAAUGCACAAGACCCAGAUGCAGAAGAAAACGGUAAAAUUUUGUGUUCAGUUAAUGAGAACAUUCCCUUUACUCUGAAGUCGACAAAUACCAAUUUCUUCAGUUUAGUCACAGAUGGUGAUUUAGACCGAGAGCGCGAGUCUGAGUAUAACAUCAGUAUGACGUGCGCUGAUGAGGGCGUGCCCUCUCUCUCCAGCAGGGCAGACCUUGCAGUGAGAGCAUCAUUAGUCUGGACAGCAGUGGAACACAGACACUCACGCAUGCGCAAAGGGAGACACUGA